UCAAACAAGCAUGGGGCUUGAAGUAUGGUACAUCAACUUUGUUAUGGAUUACUUACUUCACAUGUUCUUGGUUAAUUGCGGAUUUAGCUAACUUGUUUACAACCCCCUUUGCAUUCGCACUCUAUGGUGAAAUGUCGUUCGUAUGAGAGCGGCUAAAUUCCAUAGGACAGACCUUGGACCAGCCCACUUUCUAAUACCACUUGUCCUUCUUCGCAACUAAAACAUCCAUGUUUUGCAGGUAAUGUUACUACUGCCAAAAGGACUCGUUUCUCCGUCAACCUAAUCUGGACUGCAGUCAGGUUAUGCCAUGGAUGCAGGUUAUUGUCCUGUCGAUGGGAAAGAGGAACGACCAGGCGCAAGCGGGUACACUCCUUCUCCAGGACAGAGUGUACACGAUCCGCCGUCGAAACAUGAGCUUUCUCGGAAGGCUCCAGGCGUCCAAACGAGGACGGGGGUUCGACGUGAGGUUGCUUUUGGACCAAAACGUGGACCUCACGAACCAGUGCAACCAGGUCCCCUUACAACUCACGUUGUACGUGAGCUUACCGAGAUCCUCCAGGAGCGGGAGAAUCUGAGGAAGGAUCGAGGUGUUUACCUGCAGAAGAUGCAGUACCUGGCCAAGGAGCAGCUGUACUUCCAGCAGGAGCUGAAAGAGCAUCAUCUCGGCGUCACGUUGGACCCUGAUGACCCCCAGCGGCGUGCCAUGACUGAGUUUUUGCAGCACAUUAAUACCCACCUCCUGUCAUUGCGGAAGGCUGACGAAUCCACCAAGUACCACCUCCUCAGGCUGCAGCAGGAGGCCGUACUCCUGGGCCUUCCUCCUCCAGCCCACCCCUGGUCCUCAGACGCAGAUAUUCUGCUGCCAGACGAGGAGGACGAGAGCCAACAGCAGGAGAUCGUCCCUCCCAGCUGCGCUCCCCUCCCACAGCCAAGCCCACCGGAGCCCCCCCACCACCACACCCCCAGACCACAGCCAAGCCCACCGGAGCCCCCCCACCACCACACCCCCAGAACACAGCCAAGCCCACCGGAGCCCCCCCACCAUGACACCCCCAGAACACAGCCAAGCCCACCGGAGCCCCCCCACCAUGACACCCCCAGACCACAGCCCCUGACGGCCACAGUAAGGCCUUUACCAUCGAGCCACGUAGGAAUUGUCAAAUCUGCAAAGAUGAUUGAGCUGACUAAAGAGCCCAUGAUCUCCCAGCCAGCUGAAGGAGCCUCCAGCACUCCCAGCUCUAAUGCAGACACGCACUCUGUCAGCGCGGGGGACAAGUGUAUGGCAGCGUGGAGCCAGGAUGGACGAAAGGAGAGGAUUGAGGAGCAGGGAGAGUAUAAGAAGGAGCAGAUGCAGCAAGAGCACCUCAACAGCAAAUUCAGCUGCACAAGCCUGACGGUCCAGGUUGAUGGGGAAAAGAAGACCAUCCUCUUGCCGGAGUUUCCACACCGCACAGCGACCCUCGGAUUAAGCAACAACAAAAAUAAAGAGGAGGGGAAUGAAAUUAGGAAGGUCUACGCCAGGAAUAAGUGGAGACCGAUAGGUGGUGCAGAGCCAUCUCCUCAAGCGGCAAACACCACUGAGGUUGUAAGUGCUAAACACAGUGAGGGAACUGUGCUGAGAGUCCCUCCAAAGGAGAACACACCCGUCAGUAAUCUGGCAGUUCAUGACAACAAGGACUUUCAUCUUGGCAGUUUGAAGACUUUUGUAAGGGGAGUGGAGAAGAAGCUGAGCUUCAGUGCAGAUGAUGUGCUAACGAAGGCCACCAUGCUGGUUGGGGAUAAAGUUCAGUUUAAAAUAUCCACCAACCUCAAGACCAAGGAAGAGAGGGCCGUCAACGUGGAGAUCCUGGCCGACACCUUCCAGUGCACGGACACAGAGGAGCUGCGAAGAACAGGUGUGGUUCUUGGCUUGAGCCACUCAUUUGGAUACAUCAAGUGCUCUAAGGGCCCAGAGCUGGUCUUUGACCUCUGCGAGGUCAUGGAGGAUGAGAUGCUCUCCAUCUCCGAGAAAGUGGAGUUUACCAUAGUGCUGAACACGGCGGCUGGAACAGGCUACCAAGCCAUCAGGAUCCGGAGAUCGAAAGUGUUCACCUCUGUGCCAACAUUAGAGGGCUCCACUACAACACAGACACAGAAAGGGUUCACCCCUGUGCCAACAUUAGAUGGCCCCACUACAAGACAGGCACAGAGAGUGUUCACCCCUGUGCCAACAUUAGAAGGCCCCACUACAACACAGGCACAGAGAGUGUUCACCCCUGUGCCAACAUUAGAAGGCCCCACUACAACACAGGCACAGAAAAUGUUUACCUUCAUGCCAACACUGGACAGCUCCACUAUAACACAGACAGAGAAGAUGUGGAUGGCCUUACCAAAUUACACUUUGUCUGGUGGCCAAAGUUAUCUAAAUCAACUCACAAAUCAGUACACCAGCUCAAAUGACUACAGUUGGAAUGGAAUUGUUCGCAAACAAGUGAUUCAGAAUGAUGCAAGAACUCAUUCUGAUUACCCCAUUAAAGUCGAGCCUCAGGCAUAUCUGACUUUGCAACAUCUACUUGGCUCCGUCAGUUGCAACAGGAGCCGAAGCCACAGCAGAAACAGGAGCCGGAGCAGGGACAGGAGCCGGAGCAGGGACAGGGGAGUUGAUUGGUACUGGAGACACAGUCGGAGUUACAGUCGGAGUCGCAGCAGCAGCAGCAGCAGCAGCAGAAGUAGAAGCUGGGACAGAGGUGGCAGGACUGGUCGAUAUCAGAGUCACCGUAGCUCAAGCAGAGAAUGGAGACGAAGAGGGAGGAGCAGGGAGAGGGGCAGUAGAGAUAGGUGGAGUCGCAGCAGAAGCAGAGAACUUUCCCACAGGAACAGACAUAGCAGUAGCAGGGAGAAGAGCAGAGAACUUUCCCCCAGGAACAGACGUAGCAGUAGCAGGAAGAGGAGCAAAGAACAUUCCCACAGGAACAAACGUAGCAGUAGCAAGAAGAGGAGCAGAGAAGUUUCCCACAGAAACAGACGUAGCAGUAGCAGGGAGGGGAGUAGAGAAGUUUCCCACAGAAACAGACGUAGCAGUAGCAGGAAGAGGAGCAAAGAACAUUUCCACAGGAACAGACGUAGCAGUAGCAGGGAGGGGAGUAGAGAACUUUCCCCCAGGAACAGACGUAGCAGUAGCAGGAAGAGGCGCAAAGAACAUUCCCACAGGAACAGACGUAGCCGUAGCAGGGAGAGGAGCAGAGGACUUUCCCCCAGGAAUAGACGUAGCAGUAGCAGGAAGAGAAGCAGAGAACUUUCCCCCAGGAACAGACGUAGCAGUAGCAGGAAGAGGAGCAGAGAUGGGAACAGGGACGGGGGCAGAGACCAGAAUAGCAAUCAGGGCAGGAACCGAAGCCCUGAGUGUAAAGAUGAGAAACGGAAGAGACAAAGCAGCAGUGUUGAGGGUUCCUCUAGGAAACACAAGCGGACCAGGAGACCCAAGAUAGAGACUGUGACCGCAAAGAUUCCUAAGGACCUGUCCAGUUCUAAGGCCUCUGUUACUACCACUUACAGAUCACCUAAAUCUGAUGCAGAUGAGGGUGAGGAUUUGGUCAGGAAGGAAAUGGAGCUGGAAGAGUUGGAAGCUCUGAUUGCUAAAAAAUUGGCAGAAAAUGAUGCCUUGGAGCUACAGAUGACAUCCACUGUCUUUGAUCCUAUAAACAAAACUGACUUGAGUCCUGAGCCAUCACUUGCAGAUAGGGAGACCACUGUAGUACCUGAGAAUUCACUUGCAGAUAGGGAGACCACUGUAGUACCUGAGAAUUCACUUGCAGAUAGGGAGACUACUGUAGAAACUGAGAAUUCACUUGAGAACACUGUAGUACUUGAGCCAUCACUUACAGAUAAGGAGGUCACUGUGCUACCUAGUCAAACCCCUCUUUCCCCUCAACAUCACAGAACUACACCCCCACUCAGAGAAGCAGACAGAGAUGAACUGUAUGACCCCUUCCAGGUGGACGAGGAGGAGGAAGGAGAAAUCAUAGAGGGACCAAGAGCUGACUGGCGAGGUGAUGAUGGAGCUCUGAGAAACGGAAGGGAUAUUUCAUGUGGCGGUGAUAUGGAAUCAGGGCUGCGUGUGGAGGAGCUGGCGCCCAGACAGGCUGAGGUGGACAAGGGGGAGUCCUGUGGACAUGGAGACGAGGCUGAUGACUGUUACGAGCACCACAUGGAACAGGACAAGAGCCUAGUUCCAUAUGAUCAGAAGAGAGAAAACCAAACACCUAUCCUGGCCCAACACCAACAGGACCAGAGCCUAGUGGCACAUAAUCAGAAGAGAAAAGUCCAAACACCAAGCCUGAACCAACAUGAACAGGAGAUAACUGAUACCUAUAGACAGGUUAACAGUAAGACCCACCCCAAGUCCACUGGCAUAACCCUGAACACAUGCAAUGCAAACCAGCUGUCCGUCACAAAUCCAACGACAGCAAAGCCAAUGCCCUCACAACCCGAGCAUUCAUCAGGCCAACAGCACAGUCAGGGCUCUUCCUCAGACACAGUCACAGAUGUGGCCCACCAUCCACAGCCUCCACACGGCCAGGUUACUCGUGAAAUUGUGAAAACGGUCUGGAUUUGUGGUGAUGGCCUUGUAGCUGUGGCUUCACAAUUGGCCCAGUCACCACUGCAUGGCAUUAGGCUGGGUCAGAGUGGCACUGGAGUACGCGUCUACUGGAAAGGACUGCAGGGCAUGUUAUGGGACCAGCUUGUGCCCCUGCUACGCUACCUUAAGAUGGGAUGGCCCAGUCCAGACAUGCUUAUCAUUCACCUGGGACACAGUGAUGUUGAUAGAAGAGACAUGGAAGACUUGCUGAGCACCAUUAGGAAGGACCUGACCUCCAUACACAACAUCUUUCCCCAGUGCCUGAUUGUGUGGUCAGACAUGCUGCCAAGAUAUGGGAUGUACAGUAACAAAGGCAUUAUUGACUUGAUCAAUGUCAAGGUUCAUGCCUUUGUUGCAGAGUUGGGUGGCACAGCAAUCACCCAUCAGAUCGGACCUCUGUUAUAUGGCCCUGACGGAAUGUUCCUCUCGCAGAUUGGCAUUCAUAAGUUCAACCUGGACAUUAAAGUCUCUGUGGAUCAGUGGGAGCAGGAGGUCAACCAGACGUCAGGUAAUGUUACCAUACCAACUGAAAAAGUAAAAACGAUCUGGAUUUGUGGUGACAGUCUUGUAGCUUUGGGCAAAAGACAGUUAGAGUCACCACAGUGGGGCAUGGAAAUGGGCAGCCCGAGGAUGAGGGUGUAUUGGAGCGGAACGGAGGGCAUGAAAUGGAAGCAGCUCGUACCCCAUCUGGUCAAUCUUGAAAAGAAGUGGCCACUCCCAGACAUGCUCCUUAUUCACCUCGGGGGCGACAGCAUCCGCAUCCCCGUCAGACCCCACAACCAGCAGAUCAUCAUCAAGAAAAACCUGACCGCUGUACACAAGAUGUUCCCUCAGAGCCUGAUGGUGUGGUCUGACAUCAUCAGAAGGGUCCCCAGGAAGUUACAUGUGUCUGCUGGUGAGGAGGUGGAGGACUCGCCUGUGGUCCGGCCUCAUGAUGUCAUUAAUCGCUUGGCGCAUGCUGUAGUGACUGAACUGGGAGGACAAGUUCUCACCCAUGAGAACAUGGAACCUGGAUUAUUUCGCCGCAAGGGCCAGCUGCUCUCAGACCAAGGCGUUCAAAAGUUCAACCUGAACAUCAGGAGGUUUCUGGAUCAGUGGGAGAGGGAGGUCAAUGCUGCAUCAGAACACUCUGCACCCACCCCAACGUUCCAGAGCCCCGCUAACAUUCCUGCUGUAUCAGAACUCACCGCACCUACCCCAACGUUCCAGAACCCCGCUAACAUUCCGGCAGAUGAUGACAUUGACGUGACUCCAGAAGACUCUGGAAACACCGUCAUUUCCUUCCAACAGUCCCAGAAGCAGCAGAUCAGAGAGAGCAAUGAGAGUCCUGUGGAGACGACCCAGACACAUGGGAGCAGUGAGCCCAUCACAGGCAUGGUGACCAGCGACAGUGUUAAGAGAGUCUGGAUUUGUGGUGAUGGUCUUGUAGCUUUGGCCUCUCGCACGGGAGAUCCAAUAGCCCAGCUGAGCAAAAAUGGCACUAGAGUUAACACAUAUUGGAAGGGAUACAUACCAAGCUGGUACAAGCUUGUACCCAAGCUGAAACAGGUCAAAUUGUCAUUGCCCAAUCCAGAUAUGCUCAUCAUCCACCUGCAAAUAAGGGAAAUGAACCCAAAAAGCACAGAGGAACUGUUGAUCACCAUCAAGAGGAGUCUGACCGCCAUACGCGACAUCUUCCCCCAGUGCCUGAUUGUGUGGUCUGACUUCCUGCAAGAACCCCCCAAGAAAAAAGGCAACGUGGGAAAUGUUGACAAUGCAGUGGACGGAUUUUAUGACGUGAUUAACCGCAGAGUGCGUGCCAUGAUGGCUGAACUAGGGGGAACAGCUAUAAGCCAUGACAACAUUGGGCCUAAACAUUAUAAUCCAAAUCUCUGUCAUCGGAAUGGUCAACGUCUCGAAUGCGGUGGUGUGAAAAUAUUCAAAAACAACAUCAACGACUUCAUCUUUGAGUGGGAGUGGACGGUUAACCCCACUUCAAAACCCGUCUCAUGUUCCACGACCAAGCAGCAGCAGGUCAGAGAGAGCAAUGAGAGUCCUGUGGAGGCGAACCAGACACAUGGGAGCAGUGAGCUCAUCACAGCAGGCACAAGUUCAUCUAACGUUACACCUAAAGCGCAGCUUCACGUUUUUGAGAGGGGAUGGAAGGUUAAACCCACAUCAGAAUCCGUCUCAUGUUCCACGACCAAGCAGCAGGUCAGAGAGAGCAAUGAGAGUCCUGUGGAGGCGAACCAGACACAUGGGAGCAGUGAGCCCAUCACAGGCGGUGCUACCAGUAAACUUGUUAAAACCGUCUGGAUUUGUGGUGACAGUCUUGUGGCUACAGUCUCUAAAAAGACUCCGUUGCCUACGUAUAGCAGUAAACUGGGUCCGAAUAGCCCCAGGGUGCGGUUCUAUUGGAGUGGAGAGCAGGUCCAGAAAUGGAAGAUGCUGCUCCCUCAGCUAAGCACUCUUCAGCAGAACUGGCCCCCUCCAGAUGUGCUCAUCAUCCACAUGAAGGACGACUUCAUACACACACGAGACUUCGAGGACAUGCUGAGCAUCAUCAGGAGGGACCUGAUCUCCAUUUGCAACACCUUCCCCCAGUGCCUGAUCGUGUGGUCUGACAUCCUGCCGAGAUACUCCAAGAAGCAAGGCGCCAAGCCCGUGGAGAUGCUGAACACACAUCACGGUGUGAUCAACGACCGAGCCCAUGCCAUUGUUGCUAAACUGGGCGGGGCCUUUGUCAUGCAUAAGAACAUCGGGAGCGAUCACUAUCGGCGGAAGGGCAGUAGCCUCACAUGCAACGGAGUAAAAGUGUUCAAAACCAACAUCCAAGAUUUUGUGAAUGAGUGGGCGAUGGAGGCCACACCUGCAUCAAAAAACCCACAUCCCUCCUAUAGCACAAAGAAGCAGCAGCAGGUCAGAGAGAGCAAUGAGAGUCCUGUGGAGGCGAACCAGACACAUGGGAGCAGUGAGCCCAUCACAGUGCCUGCUACUGUAAAAUGUCCACCCAAAACGGUGUGGAUGUGUGGCGAUGCUCUGUCCGAUCUGGCCCGAUGGAUGACGACCGAGCCGCCGCACGGCGUUAAGACGAGUUCCAAUAGCACACAGGUGUUCCAGGUCACCACCUGGAGUGCGCUCGUGGUCGAGAUGACCAGCGAAAAUAGACGCAAGUGGCGCCGUCCAGAUCUGCUGCUGGUCCACCUGGGAGUGAACAACAACGUGACUAACCCGAAGCAUCUGCUGAACACCAUCAGAAAGGACCUGACCCGCCUGCACAGCGACUACCCCCAGUGCCUGAUCGUCUGGUCCAACAUGCUGCCCGUGAGCGUGCCCAAAGCGGGCGUGAGGCCUGUGGCAGCGGGCAGAAUCAAUAACGUGAUCAAUCGCGGUGCGCUCACUAUAGUAACUGAACUGGGGGGAAGGGUUCUCUCCCAUGAGAACAUUGGGCGUGAACUCUACGGCCCUGAUGGCAACUUCCUGUCAGACCAAGGCACUGAGAGGUUGAAGCUGAACUUCCAGCAGUUUCUGCAAGAGUGGGAGCAGGAGGGUCAUGAACAGAAACCUGCCUAGAGACCUGCUAAUCAAUCCCACGAUGGACUGUCACAUUCAAAUAAUUCUACAGAGAACACAUCGCCACCUCACUGAACUCCGCCCCCCACAUCCCCAUACAUCAUCCAUGACCACCCCUCAAACCACACCUCACACACACACACACAUCACACACACACACUGCUCAAACCCAAAACACACCACACAUUUCACACACACCCCAAACAUAUCAUAAACACACACUUCAGCCCUUAAAUACGACCCCACCACCCCACCUUCACUCACUACUCUACCCUAGUUCACCUGCUCACACCACGGAUGGUGUACUUCACCAAGUACACACACACACACACUGCCCACGGUCCGUGUACUUCACCACAGACACACACACACACAGCCCAGUCGGUGUACUUCACCAUGGUAUACUUCAUAUUCAGAUUUGAUAUUCCCACCUGUGGUGUCUAUGUAAUAAACAUCAAGUUGAUGAUGAUGCAGUAUUGCCUGUUUAAAGGUGCUAUAGGCUGCAGCACUGAGAACUGUUCUGACCUCAACACUAGCUGUUCUGACCUCAACACUAGCUGUUCAAGCUUUCUGAUUUAUUUCUGUUAUUUUUAUAUAUGUGUAUAUGUAACGGAAGGUCCUGAGUUUAUGUUUUUCUCGUUCCUUGAUAAUUGUCUUAUUUCUGUAGUCAACAAAUUGUGUUGUGUACAUAAUACCCUGAAUAAAAGGGGAGUUUGGGAACAUGAAA